GAUUAUGAAGCAGUGCCGCCACUGCGGGCGUUUGAAACUAAAAGUGGGAGUUUGAAAUCCAGCAUGAGAAGAAGAAGUGCAUAGAGAAAGAUGAGGGCGGUUGUAGUAGGUGGUAGUGUUGUUUCAGCGCGUUUUGGGUUUAAUUUGCUUCAUUCCGCCAAACACGGUUGUUCCUCCGCCUUAGCAAUCAACCCACUCCCCUCCAUUCUGCAAUUGAAUAAAAUACUAUCCGCCCUUCUCAAAAUGGAAUAUUUCGAGGAGGUCUUUUCUUUGUGGAAAGGAAUCGAAAUGAGUGGCAUUCCGGUUAGUAACUGCUACUUUUCUAUUUUGAUUAAUUUCUACUGCAAUUUACGCCAUAUUGAUUCUGCCUUUUCUGUCCUCGCUAAAGUCCUCAAACUUGGAUUUCAAUUUGACAUCAUCAUGUUCACUAUUUUAAUCAAAGGCCUUUCCCAACAAGGUCACUUUACUCAUGCCGUCCAACUGUUUGAUCAUAUAGUGGCCCAGGGCUAUACCCCCAACACUUACACUUAUAGUGUCAUUCUCAAUGGUUUGUGUCAAACUGGACAGCUCCAUGCGGCUCUUACUUUACUUGACCAAAUGGGCGCCAGAGGCUGUCGCCCCACGGUCAUCGAAUACACUAUCCUUAUCCACACUCUGUUGAAGCAUAAACUCGUAUUUCAGGCGUUGCGCCUCUUCUCCCAAAUGAAGAUUAAAGGCAUAAUGCCCGGAGUUGUCUGCUACACCUCUUUAAUUCACGGCCUUUACAACUCUGCUCGCUGGAACGAAGCUUCUGCUCUUCUUAGUCAAAUGCUGGUCAGGGGUAUUCAACCCGAUGUUGUUACCUUUGGCGUGUUGGUUCGUGGACGUUGUAAACAGGGAAUGCUUUCAAAGGCUCACGGUAUUGUCCAAUUAAUGCUGCGCAGAGGAAUAGACCCCGGUGUUAUCACCUAUAACUCAUUGAUCCAUGGAUAUUGUUUACACAACAACUUAAGUCGAGCGCAAAAAGUAUUUGAUCUAAUGCAGACCAAGGGUUGUACACCUGAUUACUAUACUUACAACAUCUUGAUUCAUUUCUACUGUAAGGCCGAAAUGUUGAAUGAGGCGCUCUGGCUUUUUGACGACAUGCAUCAUAAUAAAAUGGCUGAUGUUGUUACUUGUAAUUCUCUUAUACAAUGCAUCUGUCAAGUGAAGGACCCUUGGGCUGCCCGCCAGUUUUCCAAGAAGUUAAAUGCUAGCGGCUAUCCUCCAGAUACUGUAACCUACUCAAUUUUGCUCCAUGCUUUCUGCAAACAUGGAUAUCUUGAUGUGGCAUUGACCCUAUUUCAUGAAAUGCAGAACAAUAAGUUGAAGCCUGAUUGUUUUAUCUAUACUAUUCUCAUUUACAGCAUGUGCAAAGCUAGGAAGAUUAAAGAGGCAAAGGAACUAUUCUCUAGACUUACCAUAGACGCUUCGCAGCCUAACAUUCAAGUUUACAAUGGACUGGUCUAUGAACUUUGUAGAAGUGGAUUACUAGACGAAGCAUUUCAGGUCUUCAAAAAUAUGAAAGGAAUUGGCUGCUUGCCAGACGGUCGCUCUUAUAAUGCGAUUGUCCAGGGAUUUCUCUGGUACAAGGACUUAUCAGCUGCAAAACAACUUAUUGAUGAAAUGUUAGAAAAUGGAUUCUCUGUAGAUGCCACUACAAUCAGCUUGAUAUUAGAUGUGAGACGUACCUAUGAUGAUUACAAACCACAUUAAUGCUAUGCCAAUAUGACCAUGACAGUCAUGAUACAAAUUAAUUGCCUUGCACUGUUUUGUUUUAUUCUUCUACAGAUAACGAUGCUCAUUACAACUGCAUGUUUAUACCUAAAAAUCUCAGGUGUGCUGCUUUUGUUCAAUGGCAAUUGUGGAAAAGCAGAAACAAUUUCUGGUUCAACAGUAAUGAUCAGUCCCCUUAGCAAAUUGUGUAGAAAGCUUGAGUUGCUGAGCAAAACAAUUGUGACGCAAGAGAAUCAAGUCAGGAGCAGUCAUAAUAGGUCUGAUCAUGUUCAACAGCAUCACGUAUGGCAGCUCCCUCCUGCAAAUUUCCUAAAUAUUGCUUUGGAUGGUGUUGUUCAAACCCAAAAGAGGUUUACUUGUGGAGGCCUGGUGUGUAGAGACUUGCAGAGUCAGCUACUUGGAGUUCAUUGUCUCAGGGCUGAUGGCAUAAUACACCCUCAGUUGUAGAGGCCUCAACUCUUUGCCUGGAGGCUGAAUGGGCAGUAGACACAAUUGAAAGUUGGUUCAUUUUCGAAGGAAAUACAAAAGGCUCUGUGGAUGCUACUUGUGGGCAUGAUCUGGCUAGGAAGGAUAUAGGAGUGGUCCUUCAAGAUUAUCAAGUCCAAUACUACUUUUGUUCCUCGAAAUGCCAAUGGAACAGCUCAUGAAGUAGCAAAUUUUUCUCAUAUAACGAUGUUUUUUCUUAUUCUAAUGGAAUUCCAUCCUUUUUGGCAAAAGAAAAAAUGGUUGGACUUAAUUACUAUCAAUAUCUACGGAGGGGCAGCAACUUCCCUAGUUCUCCGGUAGAAUUACACGUCCUGAAUCAAGUGAAGACUUUUGGUUUCCAGUGUAAUUUGAGGAGCUUUAAGUGUUUUGAGUGUAGAGGGGAAUUCCUGCAAGGAUUAAAAAUUUUGGAAGGAAGAAAAUGCAUUACAAAAAAGCAGUUAUAUAUGGAAUGGACUUAACACACAAUUAAUAACUCUUUCAGAAUAGACAGGAUGUCAAUUCUCAAUGAUGGUGUCAACAUCAGGUUCCCUAAGUCUGCUAUUUGGGGAGGCAACAAGUUGUUCAGUUGUCUACUGGCACGAUGAUUCAAAACUCAAUGAUGGUAUGAAACAUGAGGGCUUAUAAGUUUUGCUAUAUCGGGGAGCAACCAGCUGCCUCCGUCAACUGCUUAUCGACGGUUUUGAAUCUAGGUCGUUCAAAUCUAGUAUGCAUUGACAUUCUACUGUAAGGAACUAAACGGCUCAAGCUGUAAAGUCCUUCUUUUCAUAUCUUGCAAGCUGCAAGAUCUUUUUAAGAUUUGUAAUCAUGGAUCUAUUUAAAGGUGAGAAAAUUAUAUCUCAGUGUCUCUAUUAUGAGCAGCUGCUUGCAAAUCCUAAAUUAUCGUUUGUCAAUGUGCUCUUGACUAGGCCACACCUGCCGCUAUACUGGUGCUGACGUUGAAUCCUGGAAGGAUAGGACAUUUGAGUUGGUAUCACCAUGGCAAGCGCCGGACUGAAUUGAUAUUCAAAUCUUAAAGUGGAUGCCUUCAUACCUUUCUCUAUAUGUGACUUGAACAUCUAUCUUCUUGCAGGCAAUUUGACGUGACCAGACUUCCAGUCCUUGCUUCAGAAGUCAUUUUUGUGUAAUGUCACUCUAGAACUGCGUAGUUCAAUGUAUCUGACAGUUCAUUUUUAACGUUUACUCUGAUCGAACCGUUGUUAAUGUAUAUGGUUUUGAAAGGUUGCCUGUUUAUAUAAAACGUUUUUACCA